UGAUUUAUAUCAAACGCAAUUCCAGUGAAAAUAUAUAGAGUGAACGUUCCGUAAACGUCGGUGACACGGUAUAAAAUAUGCACGGUUACCACGAAGAGUGCACGUAUGCGCGCGCUCCGCGCGUAUACCCCAUCGAGAAUGCGACUCACUUGCAGAUUAUAUUCAAGUACUUCCGACAGACUCUACUAUCGACUAUAAUUCCCACUAUUUCCGCACGAAUACAGGUCGUCGGUAUGGCGAGGUGGAUCGCCAAAGCCUUAUCUUCGAGGACGAGAGUUAUCUGUCCGCUAAAGUAUACGGGAAAUAGUUUGACUCAACAAUGUGCUCGUUCGAGUGAACCGUAAAAAUUCCCGGCAUAGCAUGACGAUACACAGACAGAAUAAAAUGAGGCACAGCAGUUCUUGGCCCGAUCGAGCGCCGCAAAAAGUGAAGGUGCGCGUCGAUCCCUUAUCUCGUGCCUUUACUAUCAUCCCAACGAGCCGCGAAACGAUAUAUCGAUUGGAACAAACUGCACCGCGAUCUAAUUGCCUGGAAGAAGUCAUCCUGUUAGACCGAUGUGCCCCAGGAGGAGUCGCGUCCGUGAUGAUAAAACGAAGAUUAAUCGACGGAAGGCCACCCAUAAAUAAGAAACCUGCGAAUUUCUCUGAGAAUUCGUCCGACGUGAAUAACGAGAUGAAGAGUGUAAAAAGUACCAGCCGAUAUUUCAUGCCGCGCAGUCUUUCUUUAAUCGAGACAACUGCAACUCAUCAAAACUCGGUCAUUGUAUUGGAGGAGAACGUCGUCCGAGAUCAAUCGAGAUGUAAAUCGGACUCGCUCGUGAAGGUUAAUGAAGCGAACACGCGAGACGUCAAGAAAAGAGACUCUAUCCUAAGAACCACGUCGGAUGCGGAUUUCCCGAAGUCACUUCCGAAAAAUUUGCACGUCGAGGAAGAGCUCGAAGAUACAGGCGCGCAAUUGCAAAAGAAAUCUCCCUCAUUCGCAGACACGAACGCCUUUGAUGUUAUAGUAAACGUUGCAAACGAAAGACAGCGUACAGUCAGCAUCGCGCAAGCAAAUAAUUCACAGACGCAAGAAGCGGAUGAGGUAAAGAAAAAAUACCGAAGUACCGUUUCGCACGCGUCUUCGGAGAGACACGCACUAUCGCCACCGCAUAUCAAGGUGGUGGACUACGACGAUUACGUCACGUCCAUGUCAUUCCCAUCGAAAAAUGAUCUCCAUGCCUGUCCAAAAUGCACGUCCGAGGGUGUUCUACGCUCGCAGAUCGAUCCCUUUCGUUCCCCCUCGCGGAGCAAGAAAAACGACGAUUCAACGAUGGUGAACGCACACGGUGUUCAACAUGAUAAUCUGAUCGGACGCGAGAAGAAGGAGGCGCGCGCUGAGAAGCAUCAAAGCAAAGAUAUCUGGCACGGCCUAAUCGGGGAGGCAAGAAACAUGGAUAGGGAUGGCAAAAAGCUGGAGCAACGAGGAAGAAACAACGACUUAUUACCGAUGCGACCGGCAACGGAUUUCAGAAAGGAGGCUACUUUGAGGCGGCAUUAUUAUCCCGAGGGGGGUUGGGGAUACGUCAUUGUCACGUGUUCGGUGCUGGUGCAUUUCAUCGGGGUGGGCCUGCAACUCGCCGCGCCCGGAUGCUGGCACAUCACGGCAGAAUUGAAGUUUCGACACCCCCCGCUGCACAGCGCAGGGUAUUAA